AUGGUGCUACUCGGCGCAAGGAAACCGCCCUCCCGCAGGGGCUCCAUGGCGGACAUGCCCAAGGAUCUGAAGGAGCAGAUCGACAGGCUCGAGGAGAUGUUCGUGGUGAACACAGACAAGCUCAAGGCCAUCUCGAACCACUUCGUCAAGGAGCUUGAGAAGGGCUUGUCGGAGGAGGGCGGAAGCAUUCCCAUGAUUCCCACCUGGUGCAUGGCCUUCCCCGACGGUAACGAGACCGGCAGCUACCUCGCGCUCGACAUGGGUGGCACCAACCUGCGUGUCUGCGAGGUCACCCUGACAGAGGAGAAGGGCGAGUUCGAGAUCAUACAAUCCAAGUACCGCAUGCCCGAGGAGCUCAAGACGGGAACCGCCGAAGAGCUUUGGGGCUACGUUGCCGACUGUCUCCAGCAGUUCAUCGAAUACCACCACGAGGGCGAGCAGCUCAACCACCUGCCUCUCGGCUUCACCUUCUCAUACCCCGUCUCGCAAGACGCCAUCGACCACGGAGUCCUUCAGCGAUGGACAAAGGGCUUCGAUGUCGCCGGCAUGGAGGGCGUGGAUGUUGUUCCAGGCUUCAAGGCGGCUCUUGAGGAGCGCGGUGUACCCAUCAAGCUUGCGGCUCUGGUCAACGACACGACCGGUACCAUGAUUGCCUCCGCGUAUACCAACACCAAGAUCAAGAUCGGUUGCAUCUUCGGCACCGGCUGCAACGCCGCCUACAUGGAGGAUUGCGGCUCCAUCCCCAAGUUGAAGCAUAUGAAGCUCGACCCCAGCCUGCCAAUGGCCAUCAACUGCGAAUGGGGCGCAUUCGACAACGAACACCAGAUCCUCCCAAGAACAAAGUACGAUGUCAUCGUUGACAAGGAAUCACCACGACCCGGUCAGCAAUCUUUCGAGAAGAUGGUCGCCGGUCUCUACCUCGGCGAGAUCUUCCGUCUCGUCCUCCAGGAUCUGCACAAGGGUAGCGAAUGCCACAUGUUUGAGGGUCAGAACGCCAGCAAGCUCGACAAGCCUUACUCUCUCGACGCCGGAUUCCUGUCUCAGAUCGAGGAGGACCGCUUCGAGAACUUGCAAGACACAGGGGAUCUCUUCCAAGAGAAGCUCGGCAUCACCUGCACGAAGCCCGAACUCGAGCUCAUCCGCCGUCUUGCCGAACUCAUUGGCACACGUGCUGCUCGUCUCACCGCGUGCGGUGUAGGUGCCAUUUGCAAGCACAAGAAGUGGGAUGAAGUGCACGUCGGUGCCGAUGGCUCCGUCUUCACAAAGUACCCCCACUUCAAGAUCCGCCAAGCCCAGGCGCUCAAGGAGAUCAUGGACUGGCCCGCCAAGUACGGCAAGGGCAAGAACGACCCUGUCGAGGUGCUUCCCGCUGAGGACGGCUCUGGUGUAGGUGCUGCUCUGAUUGCUGCGCUUACCGUGAAGCGUGCGCAGCAGGGUCAGUUGGCUGGUAUCCGGGAUCCGGACACGCUUCUGGCUAUGGCUCCUAAGGAUGCGAAGAAGGCCUGA